GCCUGGCAUCACAACAACUAAAACUCAAUUCAUUGGCUCUCUCAUUCUCAGCCAAUUCUCGUUCUUUCUUAAAAAACCAUUGUGAAAUAUCUCUCAUUUUUUAUUUCUCAUUCACUUCGCUUCUUAAGCUCUUACAAUUUUAAUUUUGUCACAUCUUUAUUUUCUUUCUCCUCUCCUCUUCCUUUUAGAUUUUCUCAACUGUCUUUGCAUCAAAAUCACAAUGGUCCUUUUGACCACUAGAGGAACCUCCUCUUCCUCUUUUACCCAACGAUGCAGAUAUGAUGUGUUCUUGAGUUUCAGAGGAGAAGAUACCCGCAAUGGUUUUACCAGCCAUUUGAAUGGUAUUUUGCGUUAUAAUGGUAUUAACACUUUCAUGGAUGAUGAGCUUCCAAGAGGAGAAAAAAUUUCCACUGAACUUCUUGAAGCUAUUGAAAGUUCAAAGAUUUCGAUAAUUGUAUUCUCUAAGAACUAUGCAUCCUCCACUUGGUGUUUGGAUGAACUUGUCAAGAUUCUUGAGUGUAAGAAUAGUGGCCAAAUGGUGUUACCGGUUUUUUACAAGGUGGAUCCAUCAGAUGUACGUAACCAACAGAAAAAGAUUGGAGAAGCACUCGAACAGCAUGAAAAAAAAUUUAAGGAUAAUAUAGAGAAGGUGCAGAGAUGGAGGGCAGCCCUAAAUGAAGCCAGCCAUAUAUCUGGUUGGCAUUACAAAAAUGACCACCCUCAAUUUAGAUUUAUCGAAGAAAUUUUAGAAGAGAUCAGUGCUAAAUUAAAUUGUAAACAAGUAUUUGUUGUUAAAUGCCUAGUUGGAAUAGACUCUCGCAUAGAGGAAAUAAAUUGUGUGUUAGAUAUUGAGUCAAAUGAUGUUCGCAUGUUAGUGAUCCAUGGUCUUCCUGGAAUAGGUAAGACAACAAUUGCAAAAGCUAUUUUUAACUUAAUUGCAUAUCGUUUUGAAGGAAGUAGCUUUCUAGAGGACGUUAGAGAAAACUCAAAAACAAAUGAUGGUGUACUCCAACUACAAAAGGCACUUUAUUAUGAGAUCUUAAAGGCUGGAAAAUUGAAAGUACAUGGUAUAUAUAAAAGAAUCAAUGUGAUAAUAGAAAAGCUUUGGUACAAAAAAAUUCUUUUAAUUCUAGAUGAUGUGGACAAAUUAGAACAAGUAGAAAAAUUGCUUGGAAAUUGCAAUUGGUUUGCUUCUGGAAGUAGAAUUAUAAUCACAACAAGAGAGAAAAAGUUGCUAUCUACUCUGCAAGAAGAUUGUCAUUUAUUUUACUAUGAGGUCAAGGAAUUAGAUGAAUGUGAAUCUCGUGAACUCUUUUGUCAACAUGCACUCAAAAGAAACAAGCCUACAGAAGAUUAUUCGGAGCUCGUACACCAAUUUAUAGGUCAUGCCAAAGGACUUCCAUUAGUUUUAAAAAUAAUAGGAUCUGAUUUAUAUGGCAAAAAUUUACAAUGUUGGAAAAGUGCAUUAGAUAAGUACAAAAGAAUUCCUAAUUCGGAUAUUCAAGAAGUACUUAAAAUAAGCUACGAUGGAUUGGACCAAAUUCAACAGGAUAUUUUCCUUGAUAUUGCAUGUUUUUUGAAGGGAUUCUACAUGAAUUUGGUUGUAGAUAUAUUACAAAGUAUCUAUUUUCAUGACCCAUACUGUGACAUUGAAAAACUUAUCGAUAAAUCCCUCAUAGUCAUUACAAAAGAUGACAAAUUAUUGAUGCAUGACUUAAUACAACAAAUGGGUUUGGAAAUUGCUCGACAAAGAUCAGAAGUGUCAAAAAAAUAUAGAAGGCUAUUGUGUUAUGAGGAUGCUCCUGAAGUACUAAAUGAAGAUACAGGAUUAGAUGAAAUUCGAGGCAUAACAUUGUCCUUGCCACAUCCAAGAAAGAUGCAAUUGAGUCUUGGAAAGAUGAAAAGCCUCAAAUAUUUGACAAUUCGCAAUGUAAUUUGUGAAGACCUUAAAUAUCUUCCCAAUGGGUUAAGGUUACUUGAUUGGAAUGAAUUUCCUUUAUCGUCCUUGCCGUCCACCUAUGAACCUACAAAACUCGUUGCACUUAACAUGCAAAGUAGCCACAUUGAAUUGGACAAGCAUUUCGAGAGAUGUCGGUUCGAAAAAUUGAAAUAUAUGGAUUUCGCCUAUUGUAAAAAUAUUACAAAGGUACCGGACUUAUCAGUGAUUUCUCCAAACAUAAAGGAGGUGAAAAUUUAUGGAUGCAUAAAUUUAGUUGAGGUUCAUCAAUCUAAUGGACUUCUUGAAGAGCUUGAAUUAUGGGAUCUCCGUGGAUGCCAAAAUAUUAGAAUUUUUCCAAGAAACCUCCGGUUGAAAUCUCUUAAAACGUUUUGUUUUAAUUGGUGUGGAAGUGUUCUGCAAAGAACGAAAAUAUUAGCGUUGCUUUCAUCAAUAGGAUAUCUCAUUAGCCUUCAUAGCUUGUGUAUAAGUUUAAAAAACGUGAAAGAUUCAAGUAACAUCUCUAAUUUACAAAAUCUUAGGGAGCUCUAUUUGUAUGAUUGUGAAAAUUUUCCAAAAGCCAGGGAUACUUCUGGUUGCUUCCCCAAAUUACAAUAUUUAGGUAUCCGUAACAGCAACAUCACUACCCUCCCUGAAAUUGCACGUAGAUGUCCGAAAUUAGAGACCCUUUGCAUUCACGAUUGCCGGAACCUUCGGGAAAUUCCAAGGCUUCCACCUUGUAUAAGAAGUGUAUUUGCAAUAGGGUGCAAUUUGUUGAAUUCACGAUGUAGAAGAAGAUUAUUUAGUCAGCUUGGAGAUGUGAUAGGACUUCCACGAAAUUUAGUAUGUGGUUAUUCUAAUAUGGGAUCAUCACAUCAGGAGUUUGGAUCUGAAUUGGGCUCUUCAUCUGAAUUGGGCUUCGCUUCUAAGUGGUCUCGUUAUAGCCUUGCACUUCCAGGAACUACAAUUCCAAAGUGGUUCAACCAUCUGAGUCAUGGAAGUUCCAUAUCAUUCUCAGUUGGUCAGAAAUUUCCAUCAUUUGCUUUAUGUGUUGCUUUCAACGUAAAACGCAAGGAUAAUGUGCCAUUAGUAUCUCAAGUGUUUCGUUGUUCUAUCUACUUGUUCAUUAAUGGUUUUGAAAAAAGGCUCACGACAUGUAGAUUUCCACUUGAUUCAUUAAAUUUUAUGUGGUUUCGUUAUGUAAGUGAUAGACAUAACUUAUUGAAACACAUAAUUUUAGGCGAUCGGAAUGAUGUUACUCUUCGGUGUGAAAUUUCAAAUGACUAUAGCGAAACAGCAGAAAUUACAAUAAGAAGGUGUGGGGUCCUUGUGGCAUGCAUAUGUCCCCCUUGGAAUUCUACUACAGAUAAGGUAUUAAAAGAAGCAUCUUUUGAUGAAAGAUUAAAAUGUUUUCUAUCUAGAGUGGCUGCAAAUGUUCUUCCCUUCAAGCGAAAGAUGAUCGAACGCUCUAAAACCCAAAAUGCCGAUCGUUGCCCUCUUUGUGAAAUAGCAAAAGAUUCAGCCUUACAUCUAUUUCAACGUUGUCCCUAUGCCAAAGGAACGUGGUAUGGUGGUAGAUGGGGUUUUCGCAUUGAAAUGAUCCAAGCUAAAUCUGUAAAGGAGUUCAUUGAACAAAUAGUUGACCCCCCAAAGGAAUUAUUAGCAGAAAGAGUCACCAAAGAUGAAUUCACACUGUAUGCAGUAGUGGCGAUGAAAAUCCUUUGGGAUGCACGGGUGAAAGCUCUGGUUUCAGAGACUAAAGAAAGCAUAAAUCAACUAGUCCAUCGUCUUAACACACAGUAUGACUCUAACUUGAGAUCACUUGGGGCUACGAGGGGAACAAAAGAGCAAAAAAGGGAAAGUGCUUGGACCAAACCACCUGAUCAACUAGUGAAGCUUAACUUCGAUGCGUCAUGUGAUCAAAAUAAUGUAGGCUUGGCUGUGGUUGUCAGAAAUCAAGAGGGGAAUGGCAGAGCAAUCAGACGUGGGAUAAGCCUCUGCAGUAAGUUGGGCAAUGCCAUUGGCAAAUGAGGAGAGACUUGAACAAGUUUUGGUAGAGAGUAUAAAGCUACUAUCAUCAACUUCAUUGUAAAUUCAGCUUGCAAGCUCAGCUGGGAAUGAUGGAUAUUUUGGCUUUGACUUCUUUUUCAGAUAAUAAUGUAGUGAACAGCCUCAUAAAAUGGGCAUUGGGGCCUAAUGACUCUAGUUUAUUGUUGCCUGUAAAUGUUCCCCCAGCAGUAAACAGAUAGAAGUUUGUUACCUCUCUCUCCUCUUUCUAAUAUGUUGCUCACACAAUCACACAUCCUGGUGGACUUGCAUUCGUUUUCUGCUCUUCUUCAACAUGUGUAUUUGGACUAUGAUUUAUCAAUUUAUUAAUACUUAGCACCAGUUCUGAAAGGUCACUCAGAUGCUAAUGAGGUCUCUCUUGGAAUCUUCGACCCUUUUGAAGGAAGCAGAGCAUCUUUGCUUAGACAACUGCUUGCCAGAAACUGCACUACACUUGAAGAGCCAAAGCAGUCGACCAAGACAAAAGCUGCAAGUCCAACGCAAGCACCCCACUGCCCCCAAUCAGCUUCUUGGUACUGACAAUUGGCAAACCACUUCUCUAAGCCCACCAUCACUAGCUGAAAACCUAUGGUAAACCUUAGAAUUAUUAAAAACAUCUUGUUCUUGAAUAACCCCUAAAUUUGUUCUUCUCCAGUUGCCUAGGGUCAGACUUAUUGAAGACUUGACAGAGGAAAAAGUGUUGAAAAUGAGGGUUUCUUUCACUAUCUCACACACGCCAAAAAUGGAUCAUGCCCUACAUUGCAACAUCAGUAAGACUUCUAUGGCUCUGGUUAUAAAUUGCUUUCAUUGAUGGAUUUACUAUGAAGUCAUUGUGUGGCCAUAGCUAAAGUUGAUGCAAAGGCAACAACAUUCAUUGUGAGCUGGAACUGAAUGAACUUUUGACUGUUCUUAGAUACACACCUUCUCCAACUCAAAAUUGUCACCACAGAAGUAAAUAACCAGGAUGACAGUAUUUGUGCUCUCCUUUGCCACUUCAGUGCCUUGGAUUCCCAUGGAAAGCCCAAUAAUUUUCUUCUCUUAGAAUAAGUACAUGAUUCAUACCGGCAGUUCUCUCUUCCAGUGAGUAUUUUUUGAAAAUUCCCUGUUCUACUACAGCUUCAUUGUUGAAAUCCUCAUCAAGAUUGGGAAUCCCACAUUCCAAAGCUAUCACUCUUGCUGCAUGUUCAUUGUCACCGGUGAACAUUUUGUUGUUUACUCUAGAGAGUGCAUAUAGUCUUCUUACUCUUCCUCUUUUCGAAAUCCCCAUUUCUAUUUUUCUUUGAAUUGAGGGCCUUGAUUUAGAUUAUCUCAAAAAUUUUCUUGAUUUGAUUGAUAUUGAUACCUAAAUCGUAGAUAGCCCAAUAAUGUAGUACUUUUGCUGUAUGGCUUCCAAAUCCUUCAACUGGUCAUGCAGAAAUCCUGUUUGUUAAUUGUACUAGUUGUGUUGAAACCAAAAACUUGUUGCCUUAUAACAAAAACAUUUUCUACUUUUUCUUAGGAAAUACACUCCCUCGUUGUUUCUUUACCAAGCCAAGAUUCUGUUAGCUUCAUCUCAUUAACUAUCAAGUGCCUGUUUUGUCAGUGAAAAUUUUUUUUUUUUGUGGCUCAGUCCAUUGUGUAACAAGCAGAAGGUUCUCGAACCAUGGUUUAAUCAGGCAUCAAGCAUUUCAUAGAAUAUGCCACAUGUAAGAGUAGCUGAUAAAGGCAGACCUUCCGGAGUUGCCACCAUCAUAACUGUGACUGCCGUGGCAAAAAGGCAUGAUCAAUUAUCGUGCACUAUAUCUCUAAUACUUUGAGUUUUAAAUAUUUGUAUGAGUAUUAAGAUUUAGAGUAUCAGAGCAACAAAUGUUCUCUCAUGUCAGCUCUUAAAGUUGCAUACUAUGGUUUUGUUAUUUUAAUUUUCUGUUCACUUUUUUUUUUAACAUAAUGUCUGUGUUUUCAACCAACAUCAAUGUAGUGGUUAUCUUUAACAUAAUAUUUUGCUUUAAAUCAAACUUCAGUAUGACCAGGCCGCUUGUCUUGUGCUAUUACUCUCAAGAAAGAGGCUGCCCCAGAGAAUGAUGCUUCCUAUUGGUAGUUGAGGAAAGAAAAGAUGAAUGCUCUUAACAAGUGAGUGAAAAGGCAAAGACCAAGUUGCAAUUUCAAUAAAAGUACCUGAUUGCCCUCACUCCAGCCUCCCAGAGUUUGCUUAGGUCAUUGAGUGCAGAUACUUAUGUCUUACUCCAUUGUCUCACAAUCAGAGAUCCCUAGCCAAGGCAUGAAAACUAUCAUGUAUUUCAUAGAAUAAGCCAAAGUUGUCUUCUAGCCAGAGGCAGACCUUUUGCAAUUGCCAACACCAUGAUUAUGACUAGCAGUGACAAUACGAACAAGUGCAUUGAAAUAUGUUGGUGCUGCCCAUCUCUCAAUACGUCCACCCUGAUGUCUCCACUCUUUAGGGAGAACUUUUCAAAUUGCCUGGAUUGCUUGAAGUUACAGACAGCAGAAACAGCAACAACUUGAAUGACAGCAACAAUAAUACUCCCACCAUGAUAAUCGUAUGCUGUUUGAUUCCAAAGGCAGAGAGAUUAUAGCAUAGGCCAAAAGUACAAUAACAGUGGUUGUCUCAAAUGCUUUAAAGACAUAACUGAGUUCCAAGAACCACAACUAGUGCUUUUACUCAAUACUGACAUGAAGCCUCAAAGUUCUUAUUCCUCAUCCUGUCACUGAGCCACUUCAGAUCAACACUGAGAAAGGAAAUGGAUUUGUUAUGCAAGCAACCCUCAUCAACAGGCUGCACAUCAAUGGUCUUGGUCAAUUGGUGUUGUAUACGUGAAAGAUCAGUUGUAAAUCAAUACACCUUUGGUUCAUUGCUUAGUAGGUCUUGAUUUGUGGUCCUUCCUUCUGUUGCUUUUGGGUUACAUUGGUUGAUGCCAAGAAGGUGAUAGAUGUUAUUGCUUCUGGAAAGGUACAUAUAAUCAGAACAUAAGUAGCAUCUGGCAGUUCCUCACUGUCUUAUGUGGACAAUUUGGAGGGACUUGAAUAACUGAACAUUUGAAGGCAUGGAAAAACCAGUUAAGAGAUCAAAUCUAGUUUCCUAAAUCUGCAAAUUGAAUGUUGUACAAUGAAUUUUUUGGGGUCCUUUUAAAUUUAUGAUUGUAAUUCUUUAAGAGGCUCUACAUUUUGAACACUACUCUUCUUUAAUAAACUCAUUAAUUACUUAUAAAAAAAAUAAGUGUUUGAUUGUUUUA